ACCUUUCUCGACCGGACGUCUCAAAACUGUUUCCAAAGGCGAUAUUUGGGAAUGAGGGCGCUGAGCCAGCCAGCCAGCGACUGGACAAGGAAAAAUCUCCUUCGAGGCUGCACCGCCUGCCGCGCGCGGGCGACAAGAGGAGGAGGGGCCAGCGAAGUGAAAGGAAAAACAAGACGCCCGUCCCCAAGGAAAGCAAAAGGCCCCACGCUGUUCCUCCGGCCGGCUCUCCAUGAAGCUGUGGCCGUGGCUUCUCUCGUGCCUGCUCCCCUCUCUCGGACCUGGAGAGGGGCGGCUUUCCGACCCAAGGCUCCCUUUCCUCUGCCCUAGUUCGAGGGGGAGCGAGUGGAGGAAGGAAGCUGUCUUGCGGGAAAGCAUUAAGAGAAUUAAGCAUUUGAAUUCAUCUACUGACAAUACUACUGCUUUCUAUGGAAUAAAUCAAUUUUCUCACUUGUUUCCUGAAGAAUUUAAAGCUAUUUAUUUACAAAGCAGACCUUUUAAAGUUCCCAAAUAUUUUCUGGAAGUUGACAUAGAGGGAACGGAAACACCAUUACCAAUAAAGUUUGAUUGGAGAGACAGGAAUGUCAUUACACAAGUAAGAAAUCAAGAAAUGUGUGGUGGCUGUUGGGCUUUCAGUGUUGUCAGUGGAAUAGAGUCUGUCUAUGCAAUUAAAGGGAACAUUUUGGAAUCUCUCAGUGUGCAACAGGUUAUUGACUGUUCAUACAAUAAUUACGGUUGUCGUGGUGGCUCUACUGUUAGUGCUCUGAGUUGGCUGAACCAGACACGUGUGAAACUUGUGAGAGGUUCAGAGUAUUCUUUUCAAGCCCAAACAGGAUUGUGCCAUUACUUCAGUCGCUCUGAUUUUGGAGUCUCAAUCACAAACUAUGCUGCUUAUGAUCUAAGUGACCAAGAAGAGAAAAUGAUGAAGAUGCUGGUUAAAUGGGGUCCUUUGAUAGUAAUUGUAGAUGCAGUUAGCUGGCAAGACUACCUCGGUGGUAUCAUACAGCAUCACUGUUCCAGUGGAGAAGGAAAUCAUGCUGUUUUAAUUACUGGUUUUGAUAGGACAGGUACCAUUCCCUAUUGGAUUGUACGGAACUCCUGGGGACAUACAUGGGGAAUAGAUGGCUAUGCUCAUAUUAAAAUGGGUUCCAAUAUCUGUGGUAUUGCUGAUGCUGUUUCUGCCGUGUUUGUGUGAAAUGGCUGCUCUAAAUAAAGGGUCCGUGG